AUGAGCAAGUGUCCAGAAGAUUGCAAGUACCUUUGUUGUAGACAAAUCAUUGUAGAUAAAAGACUUACAUAUAAUUUAGGAGCUUGUAAGAAUGAUAAAGAUCUUCAAAAAUCUAGAAAAUGUGGGUUUCGACAUGAUGGAUUUACAUAUAGUUACUGUAAUAAUUUUGAUAUCAAAUUUAAUGAUAAUGAGUUAAAUCAAUUUGAUCAGGAAACUCCAGAAUUCAUACUUUUAGAUAUAGCAUUUGAUUUAACAUUAGUUUUGUUUCAUGGGUCUAAUAAACAUAAUCAACUUAGACAAACAUUACAAUUACCAAGUUCUACAGAAUAUUCUAAUGAUUUUAUUCUGAUGAUGCAAAAUAUGUUCUUUUCUAUAUAUUUGAUUAAUAUUUGUGAUAAAAAAUUAGCCAAACAACAAGAAUAUAAAGCAGAAGAUUUUUUAAUAGGAAAUAAUUUUGAGAAUAUACAAUUUAAAGAAGGAAUAGAAAUAUUAGAAGAAAUAUAUAGAUAUAUACCAUGUGGACUUGAUUGUAUAUUUCAUGAUUAUAAUAUCUCUCUUUGUUAUGAAUUUCGAAAAAAUCUAAAAGUUUGUAUAUUAAAUAAGAAGGUAGAAGGAGAAGAUUAUUAUUUUAAUAUAGAAAAAUUUGGAAUAGUAAUGAUAGUAAAUUAUAUGGAUUGGUUGCAUCAGAUUAGAAUUCAACAUCCUAAUGUAGAAGAAAAAGAUAAACAUGAAUUAGAUAGAAAUUUUCAGAUUUCAGAAGGUAGUACUAGAUGGUCAGUAUUCAUAAAAGAAUUUUAUCUUGAAUCAUUUUAUAAACUAGUUAUUAAACCUUUAACGAUAAGUAAUUUUAUGAGUUAG